CACCGCCAAGCUUGGGUGCAGAGUUCGGCACUCAGGAAGUAACGCGAGGGCCCUAGCAGUUCGAGCUGUCCCUGUCAAAUAUAACUAAUUCUCUCUAUUGAGAUUUUAUUGUUUGCUAAUUUUCCUCAGAGUUUUUCUGUUUAGGAUAUUUCUACUUGGGGCUCCGGAUUGUACUACAGGUUGGAUAGAGAUUGCUCUCAUGUCCUGCAGCAGAUGGUUAAUAAAGUCCCAUCGACUUGACUUUGAGGAGAAGCUACAUGCCACUAUUUUAAUUCAGACGUGCUUCUGUAGGGAUUUCCAGGAGGAUUGAAAACUGGUGACUAGUGGAAGGAGCUCAUUGCUAUCUCCUAUAUGAUGGCCAACGCAGUUGGCACUGCAUCUCUGUGUGGUGAUUUAAAGGCUUUUCUGAGUAACCAGAACUUAACAAAAGGCAACAUUUCUCUUGUAGCAUCACCCAACUAUAGCCCUGUCACCAAGAUCACUUUAGGAGCAGUGAACUCUAAUGUUGGAGCCCCGAUGAUUAUAAGCACCCCUCAGAGGGUGACUCACCCAGGAAGUAUCCUGAUCGGCAGCCCUUUCACGCCACACACUACACCUGCUGCCAUGGUUACACAAACAUGCCCUCCAGAGGGCAACGAAUGGACCCCAGGGAACAAGAAACGAACACAUGACUUUAUAGACUCUUAUUACUCAGACAGGGAUGGACUGUGCUCCAGUGACUCCUCAUCAAGUAAGAGAAUGAAGAAAGUUGAUAAGAAAGGAAAGGGGCUCAGGCAUUUCUCCAUGAAGGUGUGUGAGAAGGUGCAGAUGAAGGGCACUACAUCCUACAACGAGGUGGCUGAUGAACUAGUGGCAGAGUUCACUCACGCCAGCAACCUCGCAUCUACAGAUUGUCAGCAGGCGUACGAUCAGAAAAACAUCCGCAGGCGGGUGUAUGAUGCACUGAAUGUGUUGAUGGCCAUGAACAUAAUCUCCAAAGAGAAGAAGGAGAUUCGGUGGAUUGGCCUUCCCACUAACUCAGCACAGGAAUGUCGCAACCUGGAGUUGGAGAAGCAGAAGCGGCUAGAAAGAAUUCGGCAGAAAAGAAGCCAGCUAGAGGAGCUAAUUCUACAGCAGAUAGCCUUUAAGAACCUGGUGAAGAGGAAUCAGGCUAAUGAAGCGGCUUCAAAAUCCCGACCUCCGCCCGGCUCGGUCAUUCAGCUGCCUUUUAUCAUUCUCAAUACGGACGUGCACACGGUCAUCGAUUGCUCCAUCUCCAGUGACAAAUGUGAAUACCUCUUUAACUUUGACAACAUGUUCGAGAUCCAUGAUGACAUUGAGAUUCUGAAGCGUAUGGGGAUGUCUCUGGGGCUGGAGAACGGUACAUGCACCGCAGAGAACCUCAUUGUGGCCAAGUCACUUGUGCCCAAAUCACUAGAGUGUUAUGUCACAGGCAUGGCCAAGAAAUCGAUCAGAACCACUCCCAACUAUACAAGUCACAGCAGCACUGCUCCCUCAUACACCUCCGAAUCUCGGGGCCAGACACCCAGCUCUUUCAACGAGGAGGAGGAUGAUGACGAUGAUGACGAUGACGAUGAUGACGACGAUGAGCCAUCUUCUCCAGAAUGAACUCGGAAAUCAGUGUGCUGACGCCUCGUGCUUCCCAGAGACUGGGCCUCUGUUCUGCUGUUUGACUUUCUGCCAAAUCCACAGGUGGAAUGAGACACCGGGAAUAAGCUUCCACUUCCUAGUGAUGUGAUAUUCCAAACUCUCCAUCUGUUUAGCCCACUGUAUAUCGAUCUCUGUUUUUCAUUGAUCUAUCUAUCUUGUGCGAAAGGGCGUCCACACACAUGCAGACACAAUACUGGUUAUGUAUCUGAGGAGGAUUGAUCAGUUGUGUCCUAAUGGUGCUUUUUCUCCUUGAAUACCUCAGGUCAAGCAUGAGGAGGAAGUAAGUGCUGGCAGGAAUUUCACAUCAACAGUUUUCAGUUGGUCUUCAUACUGCCUCAAAACCACCUUUUCACUCAGUACUCAGUCUCAUUGUAUUUAUUACUGUCCUGUUCCGUUAUCAGUGAAAUCUCUUGUGUUUAGACAACAGCUAAUGCUUUAUUGUUUUGUUUUUUGUUUGCACCUCCCCCAUAUGUGCUGUUAAGAAAUCGAUAGCUUCAGUAGCUAAUCGAUAACUGUUUCCAUGUUGUGUGGAAGUAUAAAAAAAUUGUUUGUUUUCUUAAGAUUCUUCACAGUUUUGUUGUGCAUCGCCUAGUUUAUUCAUGUCUUGCCAUUUACUGCAAUAGAAUGAAAUGGGGACAAAAAUGAAAUUACCAUAAUGAGAUUAGGUGCAUAUGCCCUGAAGAGACGCAUGCUAGGGAGUGAAGUGUUUUUCUAAGUGUGAUGUGUAGAGUAGCAUCUCCUGCUAAUGUCUGUUUUUUUGCUAGAAAUUUAUAGCAGAUACGAAAAGGACGAAACCAGGGAUAUCUCCGUCUUUGUCCUACUCAAGUCAGCAUUUUAAACCUAGAAACCUAUUUGAAAACCCAAAAGAGUAAUAUUAUUAUUAUUACUUGUAUUUUUCUCUGAUGAUUCCUACUUUGGUUUGGAAAUGUAACUCUGUAUGUAUAUGUAUACAUAAACUUAUAAUUUUGGUUA